UUUGGGGGUUGUUUGAACCUUCUAUCUUACCGUAGCCCCCCUGACACGCGUGACUACAAAGGGGCGGGGCUACAGCUUUACAUAAAAGAUAGUUGUCUGAUCAGAAGUACAGGUUGAUCAAGAUGAGCUGUCCUGAUAAAAAAAUCACAGUGAUCGGCAGGUGAGUAAGCUUUCUAACUAUCUGCAGAUCAGUUUUUAUGGAUUGAGCUUACAUGAAACUUGAUUGUUUUGGUGGUACUACCUUGCAACUCUUGGGAGAGUUGUGUUUUUGCUGUACAAUUUCAUGCUGUAACUCCAAUUUCAUGCAGGGUUAGAUUGGAUUGCAUGUAGCUCUCUCCUUUAAGUUCCUGACCUCUUGCAUAAUUCCCAUGCUUUGUCAUCAUACUAUCCAUUUUUAUAGAUUAAAACCCGUUCUACCAAAGCUGCACCAUCAGAGUUUAUUUUGCAUAGGCUUAAACUUUGACUUCAUCUAUAUUUCCUGCUCAUGUUUGUUUCUACAAAGUUAAACUCUGCAGUCCUCUGGUGACCUCUUUUAGACCUGAAAAGUCAAUACCAAACCAAACCAUAGGAAAAGCAGGUCAGAGUGUCAAAACUCAGUACAGCCAUAACAUUUUACUGAAGGAUUUUGCACUCUAAUUUUCAUGUAGGGAAACUGUAGGGCUUUGCAGGCAACCAAGCGAUUCUGUAGCAGAGCAGAAGCAAAGAUUUGAAGGCUUGAUGUGGAGGAAGUCAUGAUGCAGACAUUCCACAUGAGCACAAAACAAUUACAAUCUAAAGCUUAAAACUAUAGGCUCUGUAGGAAGGAUUAAAUGUCUCUGUUUGAUUGUUUUUGUGCAUUACAGUGGGCUUAUUGGCCGCUCCUGGUCCAUGGUCUUUGUCAAUGGAGGCUACAGUGUGAGAAUCUAUGACAACCAACCUGGGCAGGCUGCCAAUGCCGUCAAAGAGAUCAGGUCAGCAAUACUUUACAAUGUGCUGUCUUUUCCAGAAUGCAUUGACAUUUAAUGCAGUGUGGACAUAAUGUAUAAAUCCAUCCUCCACAUGUUUUAUAACAGCGCACCCUUGUGUCUAUAUCAUUGAGUAGCUACAGUAGCUAUGAGCUUGUAAGUCCUCUGAAGUUAUGCUCGUGUUAUGAGGUCAUACAAAUAAAUUAACAUAACUUUUCUCAACAUCUUACAAAAGACUGAAUAAUGCCUCUAUAUAUAUUGUGUCAACUUAUAUUGAACAUCGUCAACCAUCUUGUUUAUUAAAAGUGUUCUUUCGUGUCCGUCUUUUCUGUUUAGAAUAAAGCAUUUUUCUCUUUUUAAUUUACAACAGGAUUUUAAAUCAAGGUUUUUCAAAACCCUAAGAAUAUGCUAUGCUCACAUCAUAGUUGCUUAUUAAAGAGUUGUUUAUUUACGCUAUUUGUAUGUAUUUGUAUGUAACACAAGUUCUAAGUCUAUAUCUAAGUUUAUUAUAAUAGUCAUUUUAUUAUAUUUGUGACCUUGUUUUGAAUCAUUUUUAAAAGUAAGUUUUGGGGUUUUUUUGCAGCCAACAAAAUGUCAGUGUGAGUGUGUCAGAGCCCAAGUGACUAUGAUAAUAAUAAUAAUAAUAAUAAUAAUAAUAAUAAUAAUAAUAACUUUAUUCGUACAGCACUUUUAAAAAACAGAUGUGUACAAAGUGCUUUGACAUGUAGUCGUAGAGCACAUGGAAAAAGACAAAUAAAAAACAAAAAGCUCAGUAAAAACGGAAUUAAAGGCCAUUUUCAUGUCAUAAGGAUUAAAAUAACUGAAUCAUAACUGUAUGAAAUUCUCUCUCUGGCUCUAUGGCAGCCUUUAAUGUCUCUUAAGGUCAUGAUAAUUCUUGCUUUUAUGGUGGUUAUUAUAAAUAAAUAAAUUAAUAGCCCUCUUCAUUAGAUGUCACCAUACUCUCACAUCACAAACACCAGCAAACACACAUCCUCAUGACUGACUUUUCAAGUCUUGAGUUGUGAAACAUGAAUUGAUUAUCAAUUAGAUGUGUAAGUUAGGCCAGCUCACAUGCACUCAUCAGGUAUCUGUAACCUCCUCCUUUUGAGUGUGUCACAUUGAAGACACAUGGUCACUGCAUGAUCAGUGACUUGUAGGAACACAUGGACAAACACAUAGUAGCCAAGUCAUUGCUGGUUAAACAUUACUGAAGAAUGACAAAGAACUUCUGAUUCAGAAAACACUGAAACAAAAAUAUCCAAAUGAGAUAAAAAAAAAAAAAAAACAGCUACCUACGAUGUGAAAAAAAAAACAACAACAGAUCUUUAUACCAGUUUUCUUUUGAUUUUACUGAAGUUUAUGUUUUAAAAGUAGAACUUGCUGCUGUCUUUCCAGUCUUAGUCUUUACUUUAAGAUUCCGUUACCUGAAAGAACUGUAGAGGGUGUCAUUCAACUGCUCUUUUAGUUUAAUCAAACUAUGUGAUAAAGUUUAAUUUUCUUAUAUCAAGUUAAUUUCAUUAGACAUGUUCAAGUGUGUUGUUGAUAUACCUGAUGUACCGUCUACAAAAUUAUGACUUCCACUGUGCUACCACUAGAGGCACCCUCUAAAGUUUAGUUUUAAAUCUUGCCUGGAAAAUCAGCUGCACAAACAAUCAGACAGCAAAACAACAAAUAAAUUGCUACAAUCAUAUUCAAAUAUUGACACUGUAAACACAGAGGAGACGAUUUUCACAUGGUUGCAUUCAAAGUCUUUUAAAGUCUAUGUAUGAGUGAGAACAACCUGUGUCUGUCUGUCUGUGCUGUUCUCAGGAAGCAGCUGGAGGAGCUGGAGAGAGCUCAGAUGAUGAGAGGAGAGCUGACAGCCAAACAGCAGUGCGCUCUGCUCAGCAGCUGCGAUGACUUGGCUCAGGCACUAGAGGGAGCCUUCUUUGUGCAGGUGACAAACUCAACUACACCCAGCAGCCUGAGCACAAACUACUCUGUCUGUUUGACCCCCUCACUUUAAUCAAAGUGCAUUGGCUUCUGCUAAUUUGCUGUGACAGUCAAUCUAAUAUUUAUCAUAUCAAACUGUAAUCAAGAAUUUCUACACAUACAGUAUUUGUGUUCAGAUUCUAAUCAAACUUGGGAAAUGGGUGCGUCCAAAAACUAUAAUGAGGGUACUUUUCAAUGCAAAUAUAUAUAAUAUGGGUAAAUUGUCAGUUUAGUCAUUGGUUCCUUGGAGUACACAGUGGUGAAGUCAGACUUUUUUGAUUGGGGCACAGACUUUUGUAGGGGUGGCCGGGCAUGGUUAACAUUCAGAGCCUCCCCCAAACCUAUAAGGAUUUAUCUGUGCAAAUACAAAAAUAUGCUAAUAGUUUAACUUUUUUUUGGCUCUAUUCAAGCUGAUUUCUAUCUUUGUUAGAGUAAUAUAUUUUAUUGCACACACUCCUAUUUAAUGUUUUAAUGGAUCAAGUAUUUAAAACUUUACGCCGUAACUUCUGUUUGCAUUUAUGAAUGCCUAACCGGGGGCAGGGGUUGCAAACAGGUAAAUACUGGAAACCUAUAUACACUGCAUCUGCUUUAUAUAUACCAUGAAGUAAUGUCUCAUGCAUUUGUCCUUGUCAAAUAAAGAUGUAAACAAAGAGACAAAAAGUAAGUACAGCCACUUGAAUGUCUAACAGUUUAACUUGUGCAUAAAAUUUUGAACUUUAGAAGUAAUUCAACACAGGAGUAAAAAAUAAAAAGGCAAAUAAUUAAGUUUUUUUAUUUUUGAGUUUUUGCUCUUAAAUUUAUUAUGUGGAGAGAAAAAAUUUUGAUGGCCACAUGGCAUCCUGUGUCUUUUUCUAUGCUAUUUUUUUUGUAUUAAAUAUAAGUUAAUAAUGAGAAUUGUCACUUCUUAUGUUGAAAGUAUAUCAAUAUGGAUGCAGUGCAGCUGGUUUAAGUCUUUUAUUCAAAUUCAAAGUUUCUCUUUGAGAUGCCAUGUUUCUUGACCUACUUCAUGAGAUGUCCUUUAAAUAGUUCAUUAAGAUAGUCGUACUUCACUCUGACAAAUGUGAAGGUGGAGGCUGUGAUGACAGGAGUCGCCCUACCUCCAUGACAACUUUACACCUACUCACUCAUCUUGUUUUGUUGUGCUAAGGGUGCAAAACAAACACAGACUCAGUAGUGAAUACCUGUUCAUCCUCAGUCCUUUAUCAUGUCUGUCACAACGACUUUAAAUAAAAUUGAAAGUUAACAUCUCGAACCAGGAAAACCACUUGUGUGCUACCCUGACUCUGCGGACAAUAGUGCUUUUCAUGACAGUGAGUCAGGUGAGAUAAAUCAAUACUCUGUGCUGAGAUCACUCUAACAGAGAACAAUAGGAGACUUAUUAGAAACAGGGAACUAUCAAGAGAAAGAAUGCAAAGUUUUCCUGCUCAUACAUUAACUCCUACAUUUCAGGUUUAAGAUAUAGAUUUUCCUUUUUCUAGAUAAGUAGAGGGAGUUACAGGAGUUUCUUUCUCUCUUGAUAUACUAGCCUGCUGGCUUAGUGGUAUCAUCAUGUGAGGAAGCAAUACAAGACAUAUCAUGAGAUAUUUAUAUGAGCGGAAAAGCAUCUCCUUACAUUCCUCACCUCUAUUUUUCCAUAUCAAAAGGAACUGAACUCAUUUUUAUCUACCUGGAAGAGAAGAGAUAUAUUCCUCUAAAAGCUAUAAUCAUAUCAAACAUUUAAAAAAGUACAACUAAAACAGUUCAUGGACUUAAUGAAACAUUAUUAACAAAGUAGAAAAGUCCUCUGUUGUGUUUCAGUGGAACAGAGAGUCUCUCACGCACUCACACUGUUAACGAGUGAAGCGUCAAGUAUAAUAACUUUGUGCCAUUACGCAUGCAUUAGACAGGUAUGCUGCUCACCUAGCCAGUUGUUGCAGUUCCUCACUCUGUGUGAAUGAAACUAUAAAAGCGUUUUAAGACAUGGCUAUUGGCUAUAGCUUUUGGCAGCCACUCCUCAGACACACUCUCCAACAGCAAAGGGCAAAAAAAUGUUGAGACCAAAGCUAGUUGAAUCCAGUUUUAUUAAACCUGUGUGGAGUUUUUAGCGGGUUAUGAAACAAGCUGAACUCUAGAAUGGUGCAAACAGGAAACAAAAUUGGUCAUUUCUAUAUUGUAAUUGUUAUUCCUGAAACUGCUGUUGGAAGGUAUACGCCAGUGAGUGACUACUUGUGGCAGAAAAGCCCUUUCAAUUUAUUUUUUACAUUUUCAUGGCAAAGAUCCUCAAGUGUUACAUAUAACAUAUCACUCAGUGGAGAAGUGACUGUUAAGACAAAUCAGAGUGAGAUGUUGAAAACUUAUGCCUGUUUUUUUUUUAGCAGCUUUCUAAACCAGCUGAAAAAAUCUACUGAAAGACACCCAACUCUGUCACCACUGACCCUAAAGCCUAGCUUUUAUUUUGAAAAACAUGUUCUUAACAGCUGUUGUUUACUCUCUGUGUGAGUGUGUCUGCAUGUGCAUCUGUCUGAGUGUUUAAACAAUGUUUUCAUCCAUGUGAUUUUUUUUAAUUGUAACCUGCUAAAGACUUUGCUGAUAUCCAACUUGACGAUGUCUUCAAACUUAUUAUGGUCAAUCCUACUAAAAUGAAUACUAAAAUAUUAAGGAACACUAAGAAUCACCUGUAAUAGAAUUCAUCCACGACCUUUACUCUAUUUAUUCUCUUUGUUUUAGGAUUAGAUAUGAAACAAGAAAAACAACAUUGUAAUCUAAUAUGAAUUUAUUAUUUUUUAAAUGUAAACAUUUGACAAUGUAUCUGCUGUCUGUUUACGACACUUCAAAGUUGGCACAUGUCAGCUGUUAUUGCAUGCACAUAUUAAAUCUGUUAUCCAUACUAUGCUCAUAAUAUCACUUUAUUUGUAGAGUACUGAAAGUUGCCCAUGAGAGCUUUAAUGCAAGACGAUAUUUUUAUCAGAUUAAGUUUUCAGGAGUCAGUCAGUAUGUCAACUGAGACUUGAUGCUUGCCAAGAAAAAGAAGUGCCUAACGUUUGUGUACUGAGACGAAUGUGUGUCUUGGCUGAGCAACUGGCAAUGUGUACAAAGUCAAAGGUUCAUAAAUAUUAUAGAUCAGUUUUGAUAAAGUGAUACCAGCAGACAGGAUGUUUUAACAAAGCAGCAGCCUCCAGUGUUAAAAAUAAAGCCAGUGCAGAAGGGCAAAUUACUGCAGCUAAACAGGUUUCUACUUCAGGCACCAAAAGCUCUCUAAAACCUAUCUUCCAACAGCAUGAUUAAAUGUGUUUACAGGCUGGUUCAAAACUUGUGUCUUAAAUCAUUCAAACUGUACAGAGGGAAAUUUCUUUAUCAGGAAGGAAGGUACUAUGGUAAAAAGUCAUGCAUAAAUCUGCAUAGUUUGUCUCAGCUCCAACUCUUUGUUUUUCCGGAUCAUCCAGAUGUGAAGCUGAGUCAGCGUUUUCAAAACGACAAAUGCCAUUGUUCGACUACAUGACACACAAGAAACCAGAGGAUGACGUCACUGAGACCACACCCUUCUUUUAAUCCAGCCGGCCUUUCUAAUCUAUUCAACUAUUUCAUAUUCAAACUUUAAGUUUUUUGUGCACCUCAUAUAAUCUUUUAUGUGAUAUUUUGUAUGUGUUGGCUGUAUUCAUUUCAACUUAACAUAUACAAAGCCCAUGUCAGAGUGAUUGGAAUUUCUCCAUGUUUAUGAAAUAGCCUAAAAUCACACUGAUGCUUUUCAUGAUAUCCAAAAGCAAACAAGAUCAUCAUCACGUUUCAUUUUGUGUGAGGAUGUUUUGACGCCUUUUCUGUCUGUAUGUGUUUUCCAGGAGUGUGUAUUUGAGCAGCUUGAGGUCAAGCAGACUGUCUUCCAGGACAUAGAGCGUCUAGUUGGAAAAGACAUCAUCCUGAGCAGCUCCUCCUCCUGUCUGAUACCGAGCAGCGUCUUCUCCAAAGUGCAGAGGAAGAGUCGAUGCCUCAUCUCCCACCCGGUUAGUUUGCUUCAGAACACUUUAUAACAGCCAGAGUGGAGGUUUGACUCUAGUAAACUUCAGACUGGAGUUACAACAGUUCCUGUGAACUCUGUGAAACUUUCUGCCUGCAGCUUGUGUAGUGGAAAAUAACUACAAUGACAAAAGAGGUUGUUAACACUGAAGUACCCUCUUUUUGAUAUGUAAUUGUCCUUUAAUCAUCAGGUAAACCCACCCUACUAUGUCAAACUGGUGGAGCUGGUACCUCACCCAGAGACAGCUUCGACCGUUAUGGACACCACCCACGCCCUCAUGACCAAGGUGAAUAUCCCAGAUUGCACAACCCCAAAUUUAUCAUCUUUUUAUUGCUUAAAAGUUAGAAAGAUAUCUAAAAGAAUAGGUCAGAUUAGGGCAAAGGAAGACGUCAAUCUGAAAUAGUCUGUAAUCUUUGGUGUGGGUAACACUCACACUCUGCAAACUGUUUGCUUGUUGGUUGUAUGUUAGGUUUGAUGAUGUGAGAUCAUCCAGUAACAGUCCUCUCAGAUUUGGCAUUGCAUCAGUAGUUCCUGGUACACCUGUAUUACCACACACUAGUGAUAAACCUCAGCCGGUUAACAAUCCUUUCAAGUCCCUGUGAGGAUUUCGUAACAUGCAUGAAUUAAUUGGAAAACACUGACAUGGAAAAUAACUAACCGGUUGCAGUAAUGUAAAAUAAUGCAACACUAAGGCCAGGUGUCUUUUCCAGACUUUUCCAUUCUGAACUCUCCUUAUUUCUCAGGUUGGCCAGGUACCUAUCCGUCUGAGGAAGGAGAUUGAUGGCUUUGCUCUGAACAGAGUGCAGUCAGCCAUUAUCGCCGAGUCCUGGAGGCUGGUCCAGGUCAGUAUCAGAGGGGACAUUAGGAUGUUAGUCUUGUUUCUUAUUUUUCAGUGAAGCAGCGAGAUUUCUUGCUUGCUGUCCUCCUAAACGCUGAACGGAGCGCGCCCUUCCUCUCUUCCUCAACAGCAGAGUGUGGGCUCGGCCCCUCCCCUCAAACAGCUCUCACUUUCACUUCAUCAUAAGCAGCUUGGAUCAAUGUGGAACAAAGUUUAGGAGCAUGGGGAAGUUGCGUCUCCUGUUAAGAUUAUUGUUGUAUUGCACUAGACAUGCAGCCCACAUUUUGAUGCAACAAUACAACAGCAUCAUGGUGUCCUCAAAAUUGAAGACCCACAAGAGUGAAUGUUUGCGUUUGUUCCUGGAUAAGAGCUCGUCUGAGUCAGAGGGGCUUUGUGUGUCUGUGCGAGCUGCUGAUGGUUUUGUAAUAGAAGCAGGCAGAGAGGAAGAGGAAGGCCCCUGUCAGCUCACCUCUGCUCUAAUCUCCACGCUCUCCCUCCAAAAAGGAGCACAAUGAGGGUAAAUGAGCUUUAGCCUCUGAUGACAGGCUUCAUUAUGUGAUCACUCAUAGGAGAAAUGCUCAGUAUGAUAAUGAGAGCGAUGAGCAUGAUGGCUAUUGUAACCUGAACUGAACUCUUAGGGCUACCUGCACUGGUCUUUGUAUUUAUAUUUGCUUGAUUUUAUGAUAUAAUUUAAAAUCCACUGACAACAUAAAGAGAGUAAGAUGACUGCAAGCAGCAAAACAAAAAACAAAAACAACAAUUGUGCCACUUUAUAAACUGUGACCUAACUUAUAAAGUGGCACAGAGGCAACAACAGGUACAUGGGUGUGACUCUUCACACGUGAUGCUUUCAGCUGUUUCAACAGUGGAGGUUGAUCCACUGAGUUAAGUGGGGCAUAUUUGUCUAUCGAGCUCUUGAUGUUUGCACUUUGUCAGAAAGUAAACAGAUGUAUUGUAGAUUUGUCUGCCCAAUAUUCCGGGUCAGAAGGUCAGAUAUAGGCAUCUUUGUAAAUUUCAGUCUCUCUCAUAACCUGUCAAAAAUGGACUCACAUAGGUGAGAUUAAGCAGGAAAACAAAUAUUUCAAUUAAUCAUAUUCACUGUAGAAAUGUGGAAAGAAGGAUUUCUUGAAUUGUAACGGCAUCACAAACACCAUAAAUCAAUUUUAAGUUUGCCACGUUGACUUUACAGUCAAAGGAUAUUUUACAGUGUGGGUAGCCAUUACCAGCCAAGGACGAAAGCAUGAUGGGAAAAGUUAUCUAAUGUAAAGCGACAGCAGGGUUGGUUUGUCACAUGCAGUGAGGCCAUCUGGGAAAUAUUGUUGUUGAUUUGUUUGCUUUCAUUUCAUAAUAGAUGACAGGCCUGUGCUUGUUUCUUUAGCUUGCACUAUUCUACACGUGCUCUCGUAAUUUACUGAAUCACAUAAUUGCUUUAAGAUUAAACAACUGAGUCAUUACAUUACUAACAGGUGUGUUAAAACUGCUUUACUUUCUCCUCUUAGAUUUACUAUACUGGAUCAGUGAGUAAAAUCGAUGCCCAUCUGAAACAUGUUGCUCAGCCUCACUGUCAUUGUUCAGAUGAUCCUCUCAGAAGUAGCACUUGAAGGAUAAGGUCAAAUUUACCUGACUGAGGUCCUUGUUCUGGGUGCAGCUUUAGAGAGAUGGUGUGCAUACUCUGUGAUAUCACGGCCAUCUAAGAAGACAGUAGACUAUACUAUGAGUUUGAAGACGUCACCCAUGUCUUAAAACAUCCCAGAGCAGAAAAUAGGAUUCACCCUGGGCAUAUUUUUGUGUCUUGAAGACAUGGAGUGUCUGAAGACAUCUUAAGACACAUUUGCUUUGUCUUUAGACAUCCACAUCUUAAGACGGCUUUAGCUUCAUGGUUUGAAGCUUGACGGCUUCAUGGUCAAGCUAUCUUGUUUCGACAGGAGUAUUAUGAUGAUAAUGUUAUGGUAAUGGUCUAUUUAUGAAUCGAUGUCCAUAAUCCAUAAGUAAUAAUUAUAAUGUGUAAAACCAUAAAGAUAUUACAUCUAUUAUUCCCACAACAAACUUGAGCUUUUAGCUAAAACUGCUCAUCAGUCUGUUAACAUUCGUCCAACAUCAGACAGUAUUGUUUUUACAGCAUAAAACAUAUCUUUUACCAGUAUUAAUCCAUUUCUGUUGGAUUUUGAGAGGCGUUGAAUUAAAUUUUUCCAAUUAAAAUCAAAUUGUUGUGGCAUCAAGAGCGUGAUAUGAAAAAAUUACGCAUUUCUGAUCAGUUGACAGGCUUAGUGGCAGAGGAGCUAGAUAGGUUAAAGUUUAUACAGUCAAUCUUUUUUUUUUGGAGCAAAAAUAAUCAUGUUUACAUCCUGGUGUGAAAAAACUUUGGUCUGAUUAUUUCGGGGCUCUUAUGGCAGGAGUGAUUUUUUUCUUUAACAGAUUCAUUUCGAAGUUAUUUAGGAUACAAGAUCAGUGAAUCAGAGGCACAGCUGACUUGAGUGACAGGCAGGCACACUGUAACUAAAGGUAAGGAAGCAUAAACUCAUGGUAUUGAUUUGCACAUUUUUACCACUAUAUCAACAAUUAAUACUUUAUAAAUAUACUGUAUAUAUCUGUAUAGUUAUGAGGUAAUUUUCAGGUAGUGCCAGGAUCCAGUGGUUGGCAUUAUUGAUCUCUUUGCUGGUCCAGUCGACUUUCAUACCUCAAGAACAGCAGACUGAUUACAGGACCCUCAGAAGGCCUUAUUUACAGAAGAUUGUUUUUCUUUCCAGGCAACAACAUCAAUAAUAAAGACAUUCCACUUAAAUGGGAUAGUUCCUGUGUAUUGAGCGUGCUCACACACAUGACUGUCUGACACACUUAACAGAAUUAAACCACCUUUAAUGCUUUUAGUUACACAUCUUUGCAUUUCCUUCUUUCACAAGUUGAAAAGUAUGGCUUUACGACGGUUUUUAAAAAAUGUUCAUGUUUGCAGUUCUGUGUGAAUCAAUUACGCAGCGAUAGACUCACUUCAAAAAUUAUAAAUGUCUUUCUACUUUAACAACUGUUCAAAAAGCCUGCAUCGUCAUAGUUGGGUCCAGUUUAACUCAGUUGAUCAAUCAAGCUCAUUUCAUGUCUGUCUUUAGCCGUAAAAAUGGAUGAAAAGAAAAACUCUCUAACAGGUUUUCUGUCAUUUCUAAAAUUAAUAUUACCCCGUUGGACAAGAUUUUAAAACUUCAUUACCAGCUCUUAAAACUGACAUAGUUUUAAAGAGAUAUCUGCAAGAUAUAUUGAGUUGGAUGCAUUUCUUAUCCCACAAGAUGAGAGAAAAUGCCUGAAAGAAAGAAUGUGGUGAGUCACUUAUGACAAAACAACCUGGGUUUGUCACAGUUUUUAGUUUUCAAGAGCUCAGGAAUUUGGUCUCUCUCCUCAAAGGUAGUGAUUUUUAGUUUCAAGAGGAGGUUUGGUUCAGUGCUGAGUGAAGAUGGCUGCAGUCGGGUGAAAGCUCUUGUUAGCUCAUUGGUGUAGAGUAGGUGGUAUCAGGGCUGUCACUUUUAGCUCACAAUAACAUUUUCCUUUCUUGUAUCCUCUAAGAAUCACACCGUUUUGAAAACCACAAGGGAAUAAGACAGAUACUUCCCUCCAUGUCCACACUGUACGGGCUGUAACAUGACUUUCAUGCAUCCACUGUGUCAUAUUUGUGUCUUCACACAGGCCUGUGGAAGCUCAGACUCAUAUCAGCAUGACAUUCCUUAUCAUGUAUGGAUAACUCUUUUAGAGGCUCCUCUCAGGAAUUAACCCUGAGAGCACCCUCGGGUCCUUGCUGACAAAAAUGCCACAUUGCUGUUAAAGUGUCAGACUUCACUUUGGAAUGAGCUCCAGCUGAGUGCAUCACACCGAAUCCUCUGAGCUGCUCCAAAUAGCAAAGAUGUGAAAUCAGGCCAGUUGGUAACAGUUGAAAUAACAAAAACUUUAUGUAAAAUGAAAUUGCAUGUAUACUAACGGGUGAAAGUGCUCAACCAAGAGUGUCCAAAUAGGGGUGAAAUCAUUUAUUUUCUCAUUAACUGUUAAAAAAAAACAUUAAUUACAACAGUCUAAUGUUUUAGAAGCAGGCAAGGCAAACAUUUAACUCUACAGUAAAUGAAAAUGAAUUUUAUUUUAACCAGACUAAGACAAGAUACUUGAUUUUUUACAGCUCAACAAUGAGCAACCAUUUUAACAGCAAGUGUUGGAGUGACACUUGUAAAAUUCAUUGAAAAUCAAGUUACAUUACAAAUAUUAAUGAGAACCUUAUUUACCUUUUAAAAGCAAAUGUUUAUAGAGUGCUUUGACAGAAGAGGCAAGACAGUAACUCAAGAGGAUAACAGAAUAAAUAUUAAACUGAAAGACCAGGAAGGUAGAUGAAAAAAAAAUGCAGUGCAAUAAGCUAACAAGAAUAAAUGCAAAUAAACAAAACAAUAGUAAUACUAAAUAAGUCCUAUCACUUCAAUAGGGCUCUCAUCACUGCUUGCAGCGUCAGCCUGGGCCCUAAUUAAACAGUUAUGUACUGCAGUAGAGCAAUAAUUGGGUACACCUCAUCCAGCCUGUUUUACAGUCUAUGACAGGGCACUAAAGGACACUGAAAGGUUAUGAAAAGAUAAAAUUACAUCAGGAAGAAAAAAAAGACAAGAUAAAGAGAUGUGGGGAUGGCAAAGUAACAAAUGGAUGGAUGAACAGUAUUAAAAUAAAAAGUAAAGACAAAAAUGAACCUAUGUCUGAUAUGAAAUGACAGGAACUGUUGAGACCCCCUGAUGGAAAAAGCUUCGUUUACCUCAGAUUUGAGCCUCGACUUUGGAACAACCAGUAGUCCCAUCCAAGGAUCUAAGGCUGGGAUAAGGUGCCCACAUUGAGGUGUCCACAUGCCUACAGUGUUAUUCAAGGCUAGACCAGAUAAACUUUACAAAGAGAUCAAUUAUAUCCCCAAAUUCUAAACUGGACAGGAACUCAGUGGCGUGAAGGACCAGAAAGAAGAAGCAGGAUUUGUUUUAAAAGCUCUGAUGCUGCUCACACCUGCUUCCUAAUGCGGUUUGUUGGAACAGAGCCAUGAUUAACUGUAGUCAUUACACUUCUGGCUUUUCCACUUUGACUUGUCGAUAUGUCUUCAUUGGAAAAAAUCCAUGAGCAUGUGUUUGCAUUCUUUCAAGGUUUUUAAGAAAACUUUGGCGAUAACCAGAAAAAGAUUUUGAGUCUAGGUGAGAACUCUAAAAGAAACCUUCAAACAAGGGAUGUUGAGUGACAGAAACAGCCGCUUUUUAACUCAUCAAACUAGAACAGAUGGUUGUGCUUUUGGUUUGAAUAGUGAAUGCUUUACUAAAUUUUAAGUAAACAUAUUUGACUAAAUCUUAAAGUUUGCCAACACAAUUUAAAAAACAACUUCAGACCUGUCCAACAGGAAUUACCUUUAUGAGUUUUGACAACUGCUCUGGUCCAUGUGGAUGAACAGGUAAAUCCUGAACCCUAAGCUGCCUCAGUAAGUGGGUGUAGCUCUGAUAUUGUCAUGAUGGGUGAGUAAGACGUUAAUCAGGUUGAAUGUGUCCCCGGUUAAGGGAUCUACAGGAGGAAGGGAUGAGCUUUGAAAUAUUUUUCAUUCUGGAGCCAUGAGCUGGUGAACUAGAUUAACCAAUGACCUGAGCAUGACCUCAAUGCUCUGCCUUCUGUUAAAAAUUGAGCAACAAUGCAGAUGGAGAAAGGGGGCUUCUCUGGUCUAUGCUGGAACAAAAUAAGAGUCCAGUAUUAACUGAAGAACCAAAAUGAGUGUAAAAUAACUAUAAAAAUGCUAAAUACAGUUUCAACAUCUCUAAUAAGAGAUUUUGCAGCUUUUAGUAAAGAUUAUUGUACAUUCAAAACAAUGAAAUUCAAAUGGAUAAAUACCUUUUUAGAUGCUUUGGUUUCAGGGGCUGAGUCAUUGAAUUGGAGCUGACAUUUCUUGUUGGCGUAUUUAAACAGAAAAUGUCAAAAUGAAUGCUUAAGUUUUCCACAACUAACAAUACCUGAUAUAAUACAGAGGCUGUGCUAACCUAUCAAACUUGAUGGAACCAUGCUCUUAUGAAAAUCAUGUAUGAAUAAGCUUUUCAUUUCUUUUUUUACCAAAAAAAAUUUAAUAAGCCAAAACCAAUCUCAGUCAGUCCAUAAUCUUUUAGAGUGAUCAAAUUGGUGAGCAGGCAAAGAUAAGGCUAGCUUAUCUGUUUUUGCCUUCACACCAGGUUAAAAAUUCGCUCAGAUCAAAACAGCUGAUGUGUUACGAAAAUGUGGUUCAUUUUGUGAGGCAAAGUUCUGCCAGGGUGAUUUUAAAAAAUGAUCUACCAACAAAGCCAUACUGUGUGACUGCGAGUCACAUUGACCACAACUGAUAAAACGCCCUUUCUUCCUCAAAUGAAAAGCAUUUUUAUCGUACAAAAACACUGCUUAUUUAUUCAUCCAUCUAUUUUUGAGAGACCACUGCUUUGACCAAAUGUCGAUGAAAACAGUCGGAUUAAUGGUCUUGGAAGCCCAAAGCCUUAAGAUGUUAGCGAGAUACCCUUUCAGUGUCCUAUAGUUUUAAUCUUGCCGAAGGUUUUUAUACAAAGCCUUUCAAAGACUGACUGAAAAGAAACCUUUGAGCACUGCAGGAAAGAAGAGGUAAUGUGAACUGUGGAUGGAGAUAGAUUUUUAUAAUGCUCAAAGUAUCAGUUCUUCUGCUCCUCCUGUUUUUAUUAAUUUAUAGUUUUGUUUUUUCUACCAAUAAGACUUUUAAAAAAAUACAGUUCGUCAUCAAGUUGAAAUCAGAGUUGAUAAAGAAAGCGUCCUUUUCAAUGAUACCCUGUAGUUAUCCAAAAAUCAACUGAUUGGGACCAGAAGUUCAUGAUUGAGCGUCAAUGCUUGUGGUCUCAGAGUGGCCUUGUGAUGGUUCUUACAUAACAGGGACCCUCCUUCACCCCUCCAAACACACACAGAGAAUGGGCCUUGAGUCAGAGCCAGCGUUGGAAAGCAGAGCAGCUGAGAAAGCGCCUGGUUACCCCCAGUGAUUACCAUGGGUAAAGGACCCCACCCACCAUCUCUCUUUGCUUAGAUAACAGGCCUGUUGUUGGGUGCAAGGACUGAAACAAAGACGACCCUGUCCCCCUCGUCUUGUUCACCCUACUCCCUGUCUCUGUAUCCCAGCUAUGAUUUCCUCGAUGGUUGGCCAGCAGGUAUCCCAAAGUUACCUGAACCACUCCCUCUGUCUCUGUAUCCGUCCCUCCAUCCUCUCUGCCUGCAUAAUCCUGAGGACACAAAACUGGCUGAUUAGAGAAACUUUAUAUGGUGGGAGUAAUUUGCAAUGAUCAAAGCGUAUGGAGUUGGUCCAAAAGCUUGGGGGUAAAAAGUCACGAAUUGAAGAACUGCAGAGGAAAGUACUGUGAAUUUUCACCCUAAGACAGAGAUUUGAGCAGGGGUCUGAUUUAAAACAGGAGUUUGUUUGUUGGUAGUACCACCACCAUUAAAUGUGUAAACCAGGAGCUAGGCAACUACAGAGGAAAACACUUAAACAGGCCUCAGGGCGAAUCUCUUUGCUCUUUCAAUGGUAUUUAAAUAUAAAGAAAGCAUUUAUUAGAAAAGCUGUUGAACAGAGACGUAGUCACACUCUUACUUACUGACUGACUGACUGACUGGUUUGUUUAUUUCGGGAAAUAUGGGAAGAGAAUAAUCCAACUCAUUAAGAUGUGUUUGAAGUAUCUCUGUGUUAUUUUUUAUGUCUUACUUUAUCAGGAUGGCAUUAUCUCUGUCAAGGACAUCGACCUGGUGAUGUCAGAGGGGCUGGGAAUGCGUUACGCCUUCAUAGGUCCCAUGGAAACGAUCCACCUCAAUGCACCAGAAGGUAUUUGUUCUCCCUCAAAGACUCUUUUUAUACAAAAAGUCACAGUCUAACAGAAUUUUCAAAAUUUCUAGGUUAUGAUACUGAAAAAUUUGAAAGAAAAUAGGCCAACUGACCACAAAUUCAACAAUCAAAACCAGUAUGAAGACACAGCUCUAAAUAAGGCCCUCUGAAAAGGUCUGUUCUAGCUACUACUCUUUCUGUCUUUCUUUCUUUUUCUUUCUUUCUUUCUGUCAUCACAGCACUUUUCUCAUUCGACUCAGGACCCUCACACUUUCUUGCAUGUUGUCAUCCUACACUUUCUGCUCCUCUUUCUUCGGCUGUUCUUUCUAGUUUUGACGUAUUUAGCUUCAAAAAUAACUUAAAAAUGUUAAAAAGUUUCUUUUUUAAAUCAACUAUAAACAUCAGUAUUGAUUGGUCAAAAGCUAAGCUGAUUAUAGUAAUUCACAAAAAAUUUCAGUAUGAUAGCCAAGCAUAGUCAUCUAAAUUGUUACCUACCUGACAGAGACAUACUCUCUAACAUGUUUAAGUAUACUAUGUGUAUACUGUACCAUAGUGUGGCGUUCCUCUGUGUGUCAGAGAGAGUGAGAGUGAAACCUCAGGGAGAUGGAGAAUAUCAAAGGGGAGUGUGAAACCCAGAGAGUAACCCUGACUGUGUACACACACCAAAAAGGGGACGCUUUGGCUGAACAAAGCAGGCUUUUGAUGGGAAGCCAUGAAUGCACUCCCUCACACCAGUAACCCAAAACUCUCAGAGCCCACAUCUCGGCCUUCAGACCAGGUGCCAACUCUACCUGUAGUUACAGUCCUGAAGCUCUCUACUAAUGGGCUGUUUUUCUACUCAGGAAACCAUACGAUCAUGUUCUUUAAAGAUCGCCAAGACUGGCUCCCGUUGUAUCCUCCUGUCCUUAAAUCAUUCCAAUCAGAUACAGGAUCACUCAGGCUUUCUGUCUCUUUCUGCUCUACCUGAAUGACUGGGUUUUUGUAGACCAAAUACCUGUAGAGACCAUUAUCCUUUUUAGCUAAUAAUCCAUUGGAUGGAGUAGCCCGAAAUGUUCAUCACUUCAUUGCCCGUAUAAUCCGGUUUGAUCCACAAAAUCUUCAACAAUUUUCAAAGUCUUACUCCAGGAAAACAUCGCAGAUAGAUUCAGUUUUUUAGUCUGAACCUCACUCAUGUUUGUCAAAACUCAGUCAGCUGAUUUUCCUCGUCAUGUCACGCUAUCUGCACUAACAGAAAUCAAAGUUUUGGCAAACCACGAGUACAGCUAACAGCACUAACGACAACUCAACAACAAGAGUUAAAUUGUUGGAAGUGAUGUUAAUUCUUUUUUAAAGUGAGUCUCGGUAACCUUUCGAAACCAUUUUAAUCACUAUAACCCCAGGCUUGUUAAAGGUCAGGUUGAAGCUGCUGUUUAUAAAUCUGCAGCCUUUGGUAUCCUGGUUUAUAAAUCCUUUGGUAUCCUAACUAUACAGUAAAAGGUGACAUAGGAGUACUGAAAUGUUGUCGUGUUGUUAGGUUUCGGACCACAGGGAGAGAUAGUGAUGUCUUAAAAGUUAAAUUUUAACGAAGACACAGACAACUAGUUAAGCACAAUAAAGCAAAAGGACUGGAUAGAUACUUGUUUUAUUUACAGUUAAAUGGAUGGAUGAUGUUAUCCACACAAAGAGUUAUCAUUACCGUCAGAUCAUAAAUUAAGGAGGCAUUCAGAGUGAUAUUGGUUCUUCUUAAGGUUAACUUUUUAGCACACAAGCGAACAUCACCUUUAUCAGCUAAUCAAAACAGAAAAAACAUACAUCUGUUGUCCUCCUUUAAUAGGAUUGUCACAAUAAUCAUCCCCAAAUGUUACGACAUCUGAGGACUUAAACUCUCUCACUUUAUCUUCACUCUAAAUACUUGGUUUUUCUCUCAGUCAAACAUAAAUAUCCAGCAAUUCCACCUUCAACAAUCCAGUCAAAUCAUCCGUCCACUGAGUUUAUAGGUCAGCCAAUUGACUUCAGUUCAUUAGUGUGAACUAAUUUGAGUAAUAUGGAUAGUAUGGCCUCAUAUUCAAAGGGAACCAUUUUUUUGUCAAAAAAAAAAUAGGGUCAAAAAACCACAAACCAAAAACAACUUCCAAGCUAAUGCUGGUUCUCAUGUCGUAUGGAUUGUUUAGCAUCUCCAGCAAUAAAAACCUCACACUGUUUGCUAAUACUAAAAGGGUCUAUAGCAAGCAGAAACUUCCAAUUCUGAAAUAUUAGGCAGAUGCAGAAGUGCUUAAGAAAUACACUUCCUCAAGUUCCCACUUGAUGCUGGCGGCAGAAGCAAUUGAAACCACGUACAUGCUAAGCCAUUAAAGCCCAUUUUUAGGGCAAAAAUAAGCACCUUUAAAAAAUGGUUUCAGUCUGAAUAGUGUAGAGCUCCCACAGCACCAGCUGUACAGGCAGUGAGGUGUAACCUACUUUGCACCCCUAACUAAAAAUGUCAAAGGCCCAAGGCAAUUAGCAGCCCUCCGUUAUCAUUGGCUCUUGAUUUUGAUUCUCGGAAAUACAAAAAUUUGAAACAAGUGACAAAAUGUCAAAACAGAAAUUGCUUGGUGAGAAAAAAGCAAAUACCUUGAAAUAGCUCUUGUUUUUUUUCACCCACACUAAGUCUGUUUUGUUGAAGGUAGAUGGUACUUAUCACACUGCUGUGUUAGAUAUAGUGUGUCCGACUCAAAGUUUUGCUUCAGGGUUAAACACAAGUCCAUAGAAAGUUCUCAAAAACAAAACAAAUUACAGAAAAAACAUAUAAGAUCUUUUUGGACUGUUUAAUUUAGAGAUGUGUCUCACUUUUAAACCCUUCGUGUGAAACUUCAUAGGAGUUUGAGAGGACUAUUUAAAGCGGCACCUUCUGACCUGCUGUAAUUACAGACCUGCUGUGAACACCUUUUUUUCAGUUGGUUCCCCCACUCACUUUGUAAUGCUCCAAAGAUCGAGUCCAUCUGCGGUUCUUAUCAAAGGAAAGUCAACAAACCGUACCCCCUGGCUCCUCUUUAUGAUACGUUUGAUCCAGUUAUUGGUUGUUUGUGGACCUGUGGGGACCUCCAUAGAUCAUAAGCUUUGUGUUUAUGUUUUUUACAUCUGAAUAGAAAGACACAUUGUUGAUCCUCUAAAUUUAUGGACUUUGGGUGUGUGCUCAGAGAUGUUCAGAAAAAAUAGCCAUGGAAUCUUUAAAAGUUAAUAAAUGAGUAGCUCAAGGCUAAUUCUGCUUUUACACAUGUUUUAUUUGGAUCAGCCGAGGGACAAACUGUUCCUACACAGUUCAUUAAAAGAACGUAUUUUUAGACACUCAUGUAAAUUGUUCAACCAGGCACCUUUCAGCGAGAUCUACAAUACAAGACUUGAAGAUUUUUAAUGUUUUCUUUAUUCUGUUUGUUGCCAGAAUAUGAAAAAAAAAUUAAAUAAUUGUUUCAUUAGUUUUGAUUUAGUAACUGCUUAUAAAUACUAUAAGCUACCCACAGCAGAAUUGGUUUGCUGCGGUCCAUUAAGUGGAAAAUAACCCAUGGCCUCAUUAAUUAAUCUUUAACAGUUUGUUUGAGCAGCACUUAAAUCAUUCAUCAGCCAAAGUGAUCGUCGCUUACAUUGCAAAUAAAUCAUUAAAGAUAAAUCAGUGAAGGUAAUGAGAGAAUAACUCAGAGGAAUCUCCUUGAGAGUCAAACUGAGUCCAUUUUCAAAGAAGAAACUGAGAGUUAUUAAGAUGGCAUUAAGCAUGUGCUCUCAGCAACAACUUCACAUUUCAGACAGAAUGGCGUCAGCACGCCGUGACAAUCAUGGCUGUGAAAUUGAGUCAAUAAACGCUACUUUCUGUACAGUGGUUCUUUGUGGAGUUUGUAAACACAGAUGCAUUUGGCUGGUUUAGAAAAGAUGAUGCAAAGGUUAAAAUGCAUUUUAUUUCAACUGAGAAUAUGUUUUAAAAAAGAGUUAAAUACAAGUUAUUCUUGUGAGAAAAUGACUUAAAAAUAUAUAUAUUUCUUCAAUGUGGCGCUGAAACUUUGUUGUAAAUACUUAAAUAUACUGUUCAACAACAACGAGCAAUGUCCCUCUUGAGUUGGUGAAGUGGGGAAUAGUUAAAACUUACUAGAGGAAUGUUUGUAAAAGUGUUUCCAUAAUUCUGUCAGCUUACUUACAUGUAAACCAGGGAAUCUGGUUUCAGCCUUGAAGUACACAUUACCACUUUACACAUAGUUUGAAUUCCAUCACCACCUUCAAAAACCUUUUCAUAACUUUCAUUAGUAACUUACCUCCCACAGAUACUUGAAAUUUGAACACUGUCUCCUGAACUAAAGCAGAGUUUUCACAUGCUCUGCUGAUGUCUGGGCCUCUGAGACAUAUUUCAGAAUGCAUUCACAACACUACACUUUUUCCACAUUUUGUGUUACGGUCUUAUUCCAAAAGUAGAUUAAAUUCAUGUUUUAUCCCCAAAUUCUACAUACAAUACCUCAUAAUGAUCAAGUGAAACGAGUUUGUUUGAAACUUUUGCAAAUUCUUCUGAAAUACAAAACAAAAAUAUAACAUGUACAUAAGUAUUCACAGUGUUUGCUCAGGACAUUGUAGAUGCAACUUCGGCGUAAUUACAGCCUGAAACCUUUUAAAGUAUGAUACUACAAGAUUUGCAGAACCUCUCAAACUCCAUCAAGUUGGAUAGGGAGUGUUGGUGCACAGCCAUUUUCAGAUCUCCUCAUGUUCAAUUGGGUUCAAGUCUGGGCUCUGGCUGGGCCGCUCAAGAACAGUCACAGAGUUGUCCCGAAGCCACUGCUUUGUUAUCUUGGCUAUAUGCUUAGGGUCCUUUGAAAGAUGAGUCUUGAGCAUGUUAUUAUCAAUGAUGUCUCUGUACAUUGCUGCAUUCAUCUCUCCCUCGACCCUGACUAGUCUCCUAGUACCUGCAGCUUAUAGAAAAUCCCCACCACCAUGCUUCACUGUAGGGGUGGUAUCGGAAAAUAAACGGUGCAUUAGCAAGUCUUCAUGACUCGUUUGUGCUCUGAUAUGCACUGUCAACUAUUGGUCAAAUCAUGUCCAACCAACAGAAUUUACCACAGGUAGACUUCAAUCAAGUUGUGGAAACAUCUGAAGCAUGAUGCACCUAGGAAACGAUGUGAAUACUUAUGUACAAGCUUUAUAUAUAUUUUUGUUUUUAAUUGAUUUGCAAAAGUUUUAAAUAAUUUUUUCACUUUGUCAUUAUGAGGUUUUGUGCGUUAAAUUAUAAGGUAAAAGAUGAAUUGAAUCCAUUUUAGUGUAAGGCUGUAACACAAGAAAAUGUGAAAAAAGUGUAGCGCUGUGAAUACUUUAUAGAUGCACAGUAUAUGUGAAAUAACUGCUGCCACAUCUGUCCGCUGUUUGCCACUGCUUUUAUUCCUGGUGUUGCUUCGUUUACAGGUUUGGAAGAUUAUAUGAAACGCUAUGGAGAGGGUAUAAAAAGAGUCCUGACCUCUUUUGGACCUGUACCCGACUUCUGUGGUGAAGGGUCAAAAACUAUUGCUAAUGUAAGUAUGAUGGCAUAAUGUUUACCGAACAUGUUUGCUUAGUAUUGUAACUUUGAAUGUAAUGGUAUUAUUUUCCAGGCUAAAGGCUUUUUUCCUGCUGAUUCAGUGAGUGUUGAAUAGUGCUGGGUUCUGCAUGAUUUAAAGUCAAGCGUUCCCUCUCAACAGGCUCUUUAGUACACAGUCACAUGUUAUCACAGGCUGUUAAAGUGUUAGCCACACAAGGUCAUUAUGUGAGGACAUCCUGAGCCAGCGCAAUAAAUAGUUUAAGGUCAGCUAGUUAAGAGAGCCACAGUUUGUCUUGUUUACUGGUGUUUUUCCCCACCUAGAAACUGCUGCAUAGGUUUGAAGUCAUCCACACUGAGGAAAAAACCUUUGAUUAUUCAAUCUACAAGCGGACUGAAUAAGCUGUUUGUAUGAAGUGUCCUAAAUCAACAGCAUCACAGAUUCAUUCUGACUCCCUACAGACUGGAGUCAGAAUACUAGACUUAACACCACAUUAUCAGAAUUUGAUCACAUGAUUAUUGUUCAUCAUGCUUUUAUUUUGGUAUUUUUGUGUGCAGACAAAAUAUUGUUGUUGUGUCAUAUUUGUUAUUGGCUUCCAACUAUCAUAAACAAUUAAAGGUUGCAUCCUACAGUGCAAAAUGUAAGUUGCACUAGAAACUGCAUUGAAUCCAGCAUAUUUGUAUGGAGCCAGAUCAGGCUCAAAAGUAUUGAAAAAGUAGUGUAAGUGAAAAAAUAAAAAGUGAAGUGUAAAAAUAAGAUUUGAUCCUGAAAAAAAAAACCUGAAAGUCUUGAAUUUCGAAAUUGAACUUUGAAAAAUCCCAGAAUGCAUGAAAAAAAUCUGUUCAAAUGUAACUUUGAUUCUGUUUUUUAAUACUUUUGAAUAAAUUACUUAUUUCUAUUUUUCACUUCAAUGUUUAUUUCGAUCUUUGAGUACUUUUUUUUUUUUCGAUUGAAUUUUAUUUAUUUAUUUCAGAUUCAGAUCUUAUUUUUACGGAUUCAAAACUUUUUUUUCGGUUUCAGAUUUUUUUUUUUUCAGAUUCAGAUCUUCUUUUUUCAGAUUCAACUUGAAAAGUUUCAGGUUGACUUAUGAGCCUGUUUUUCCGUGGGGGCGGGCCUCGACGGAGAGGGGCGCGGUCUGCCAUGAGUGACAGGCCUCCCCCUCCUUCCCCACCCCAUCACCCUGCGUUCAGGAAGUGGCAUGAAUACACAUUAGCUUAGCCUACAAUUAGGCUGUAUUGGCUGAAUGAGAUCGUGUUGGUUCGUUCCACUUUAGCGGUGCAAUAUAAACUGUGAUUCAUUAAAAAGCUCUAUUGAUAGUAAGUACUAAAAAAAAUAUAUCUACUCAUGUCAUCCUGUCGAUUUUUAGUAAUCAGUGUUUCGGUGUCGAACUAUUUCCCCUCUGCGGCGUUCUCGACUUUACAAGGACACGUCGGGAAACUUACAGAACUAGGAUUAGAAAGUGGCUUUCUCUACAGGGUGAGACAAAGGACCUUGCAGAAACUUUGCGUUGAUAUCGACUUUGACAAUGUUCCUGAUGACACUGGGUUUCACAUAACAUGCUACAAGCGAUUUAUUUGCAAAAAGGGUUUGAGAAACAAGAACGUGAUGCAGCCGCGGGUCAGUCAAACCCUUAACGCAGCAUCGCCGAUGCAUCCACGUCCACGGCAUCUGAAACUCCGCGAAAGAAACUUCGCUCGAGGUUUUAGGCUGUAUUGGGACAAAGGGAAAAAGUGCCUAGAAAGUGAAUUUCGUUCAAAUACGCUGGUGCUACUUGUUCAAUGCAUUUUUGCAUAGACAAUACCAUUCAUCCAUACCAUCCGCGACUGCAUCACGUUAUUGUUUCUCAAACCCCUUUUGCAAAUAAAUCGCUUGUAGCAUGUUAUGUGCAACCCAGUGUCAUCAGGAACAUUGUCAAAGUCGAUAUCAACGCAAAGUUUAUAAGUUUCUGCAAGGUCCUUUGUCUCACCCUGUAGAGAAAGCCACUUUCUAAUACUAGUUCUGUAACUUUCCCGACGUGUCCUUGUAAAGUCGAGAACGUCUUUACUCUGGACAGAUGAUAGAUGCAUAUAACAUCGUUUCGCUCCUUUUUAUGCACUUUUGAAUGCUGUUUUCUUUUGUGCCUUUUCUUUUCUUCCUCUUCGCUUGUCUCGCUGCGAGAUGCGGUCGUCGCCAUGUUUGUGUAUUUCUGAUACUAUGGCAACGAGACUCGGCUCCUAUUGGUCCACGUGACAAAAAUCGCUUCACCCCCUGCAUAUUCGAUUGCGCGUGUGCAAGUAUUACUACGCCGCAGAGGGGAAAUAGUUCGACACCGAAACACUGAUUACUAAAAAUCGACAGGAUGACAUGAGUAGAUAUAUUUUUUUAGUACUUACUAUCAAUAGAGCUUUUUAAUGAAUCACAGUUUAUAUUGCACCACUAAAGUGGAACGAACCAACACGAUUUCAUUCAGCCAAUACAGCCUAAUUGUAGGCUAAGCUAAUGUGUAUUCAUGCCACUUGAACGCAGGGUGAUGGGGUGGGGAAGGAGGGGGAGGCCUGUCACUCAUGGCAGACCGCGCCCCUCUCAGUCGAGGCCCGCCCCCACGGAAAAACAGGCUCAAAAGUCAACCUGAAACUUUUCAAGUUGAAUCUGAAAAAAAAAAAAAUCUGAAACCGAAAAAAAAGUUUUGAAUCCGUAAAAAUAAGAUCUGAAUCUGAAAUAAAUAAAUAAAAUUCAAUCGAAAAAAAAAAAGUACUCAAAGAUCGAAAUAUACAUUGAAGUGAAAAAUAGAAAUAAGUAAUUUAUUCAAAAGUAUUAAAAAACAGAAUCAAAGUUACAUUUGAACAGAUUUUUUUCAUGCAUUCUGGGAUUUUUCAAAGUUCAAUUUCGAAAUUCAAGACUUUCAGGUACCAUUUUAUUUUUUUCAGGUUCAAAUCUUAUUUUUUCACUUCACUUUUUAUUUUUUCACUUACACUACUUUUUCAAUACUUUUGAGCCUGAUCUGGCUCCAUAUAUUUGCCCCAGUUUGGAGCAUUCUAUUUUUCAUGCAUGUUGGUCUUGGUUGACCCUUUUUUCGGCCUGUAAAGAUCUUCAGAUAGGCAUGCUACUUUUGUUAUGGACUGUGUGGCGACCCUUUAAGUCAAGAGGGUGAAACGUCACUAUUCCCAUAUUAUGGUUCCAACUAUAAAGGAAUUCUAACCAAUCACAACUGAGAGCCUUUAACACAAGAACAGCCCAGAUACUGCCAGAUCCAACAUUUCCUCUUGGACCUCGGUUGGUGCAAAUUCGUACUAAACAUGUAAUCCAAAGUAGAAAUCAGUAGUAAAGAGGUGGUCAACAACGAAAAAGUGGAGAAGUAUUUGGAUAGAAGCAAAAAAAUACCAACUUUCAACAACUAAGGCGUUAUCUUAUCACAAGUGAUCUGCUUUGUUCUCUUUGUUUUCAUACUCGUGAGGAUCUCCAGUGAGUCAUUCAUAUAGUAAUCCAGUCACGAGGACGCCCUCUUUCCUCUGCUCUGACGGUCCUCUUUUCUUAUAUGUUUCCUUCCCUUCGGCCCACAGGAGAUGUGUGAGCUGAUUCCAAACGACCGGCAGCAUCUUUCAGCCAGGAUGGAGAGGAGGGAUCAGCUCCUGAUGGCUCUGGCCAAGCUGAAGAAGGAGCACAAAGAAUAAUUUUCAUGAUUGUUCCUCACUUUAAUGACCUCCUAGUUUUGUUUGCUUUUUUCACAGGGAAUUUUGGUAAAUGGAACUUUUUAAUCGGGUUGAUGAGGUGUUAUCUUAAUAACAUGUCUUUGUUAGUUAAGAUAUAAGAAUAAUGUUUUCAGAGUGACUAAAAAUAUAUAACUUUUUUAGUAUUGAUUUCUAGUUUUACUCUUAAAAUACCUGUUAUAGAUAAGCCUGGAGGGAAAAAAAGACUCUAACCUCAAGAAAAAAAGGAACAAGGGAUUGAAUUUGAAUCAUAUUUUUUUCCAAAUGUUUUGAAUAUUUAGUGUUUUUGUCUUAAUCAUAAUCAUAAUAAUCAUCAUACAAUCUUAAGACUACCGUGUGAUAAAUAAGGGACAGGAUAAAAGGGUUUAUCUAUCUGGGUGCUUACCAUUACAUAAGGGUCUCCUCAGCUGACUGGUUCUUGAAGUAUCCUUUUUUUUUUUUUGUUAUUGGAUACUAAACUUUUUAGUUUUUUAUUCACACAAUAGCAUGUUUGAGUCUGCCAUGUGAAAAAAUAAAACUAUGAAAUCACUUA